GAUUCACCAGAUUACACCAAUGUGCAGGAUCUGAAAUAUCUAGACAUGGUCAUAUCAGAGGCUCUGCGACUCUAUCCUCCUGGUUUCAGGUAAGAGCCUCUGUAAAUCUUCUUUCCAUACAGUAUGAUAGUAUGAUAGUAUUAAUAGUAGUGAUACUAUUGACAUUAUGUAUGUUUAGAAUGAUUCCCAAUCCCAACAUAGCUUAUUCUAUUAUUUCUACUACUGGACAUUGUAUUUUAGUUACACUGUUUAUACACACUGCAUAUUUAUUUAUAUACUGGAUUCUUGACAUAGCUCACUGUAAUAUAUCUACUGCUGUACAUAUCAUUCUGUGUUUAGCUUGUGUAAAUUCCCCUGGUGUACAUGUGUAUAGAUUGCAUUUUGAAACUAAUUGGAUUCGUCCCACCGUUCUUGAUUUCUUGCCUUUCUUUUUUGUUUAUUUGUUUUCUUAACAUUUUAGCUGUUUGACAUUUGCAUUGUUAGGCACUAGUAACAUAGUAAAAUAACAUUUCACUGCACCGCUAUAACACCUGCUAAACUAUGUAUGCGACCAAUACAAUUUUAUUUGAUUUUGAACUCUCUUAUGUACUGGAUAUGGCCAUGUCCCCCAUGUUUCGAUAGUUCACAAUUCCUUAUGUGCAUUGUGGAAACUGAGCAGCCAUUUUGUUUCAGAUUUGCCCGGGAUGUAGACGAGGACUGCAUGGUCAAUGGACAGUUCCUACCGAAGGGAGCCAUUCUGGAGAUCCCUGCAGGCUAUCUACAUUAUGAUCCAGAGUACUGGCCAGAGCCAGAGAAGUUUAUCCCUGAGAGGUAGGAGACAGUCAGUCAGUCUACUGUAGCUCAGUAUUCUUGUUCCAUUACUAUGGGUCUACCAUAGAGAUACCAUAGAGAAGUCCCAGCACAGUUACAUUGUUACACAGCACAGCUACACUCAGUCAUUGCCUCACAUUAUGUCCCACUGUGGAUGUUCUGUACAACAUGGAGUGCUUUUACAUUGACACAAGUUAUAAUACAAUGAUACAAUACAGAAUGCACAUUCAAGUGUAUUUGACUAGUACGUAAUCAGAGUGUACUCCAGACUGACCACUGAGUCCUCUACUCUCUCCCAUGCAGGUUCACAGCAGAGGCAAAGGCCAGCAGACACCCGUUUGUUUACCUGCCGUUUGGGGCGGGGCCCCGCAGCUGUGUGGGCAUGAGGCUGGCCCAGCUGGAGAUCAAGAUGGCCCUGGUGCACGUCUUCAGGAAGUUCAACAUCGUGGCCUGCACAGACACUAAGGUGGGUUCAACCUGUGAUGGUCCUUCUUUUGGCACUUAUCUCAACCUAAGUGUUUAAAGGUCAUUUAGUUGAUUUCAUAAAAAAGGCCAAGAUUCAAUCAAACCAUACUUCACUUGACGUUUAAAGGUAAUUUACACUUGAGCAGACAUCUGAGGCGUUUAGCGCAAAUGCGAUCUCUGAGAAUGUCAGGGAAAUUGACUUUAAAAGUCAAGUGCAGUGCAGCGUUGAUGCAGUUUGUUUGUUUGAAUCUCAGUUUGUCUCCCAUGUAGACAGUACGCUCCAUACUGUGACCUUGCUCUCUCUAACCAUAUAUUGCUCUUUUAUGUUGCAGGUUCCUCUGGAGUUGAAGUCUCACACCACUCUCGGUCCUAAGAAUGGCAUCUAUGUGACAAUCACUAAAAGAGAGACAGAUGGAGAACCAGUGACUCACCCUGCAGAAGAAGAAUAG